GUCGGAGCCCGGCCCGGGGGGCGGGGCCUGCGGCGGGAGCGGAGCGAGCGGCCCGGCGGGAGAUCGAGCAUGAGCGGCGGGGAGGGCUGCGGCGUGUGAGGGGCCGGGCGGGGUCCGCUCCCUGAGGAGCGAUGGGGCCCGGCAGUCGAGGCAGGGGCCGCGGGGCAGAGGUUGUGGGGCGGCCCUGGGGCGGCGGGGGCCGUGCACUGCCCGGCGGCCCCGCGGCUCGGUGGCGGGCCCCGCGUCGCCAUCUCCUGCCGCUGCUCUUGCUGCUCCUGCUGGCCGCGGGGGCUGAGAGCCAGGCGAGCCCCAGCUCCGACCCGCUCGGCGUGGGCUCCCCCGCAGGCCCCGGCCUCAGCCUCUACAUGAGCGAGGAGGAGGUGCGCAGGCUGAUCGGUCUUGAUGCAGAGCUAUAUUAUGUGAGGAAUGAUCUUAUUAAUCACUACGCAUUGUCCUUCAAUCUGUUAAUACCCAGUGAGACCAACAGUCUUCAUUUCAGUUGGCAUGCUAAAUCCAAGGUUGAAUAUAAACUGGGAUUUCAGGUAGAUAAUGCAAUGGCUAUAGAUAUGCCUCAGACUAAUAUUUCUGUUCAAGGAGAAGUCCCUCGUGCUUUAUCAGAUGCACUGAGAUAUGUGAUAAACAAAUUCUGCUUUCUGAAACAUGCUAAACAAAGGAAAAUCAAACACGUGUUUCGUGUUGAACUCUCCUGCACAGGCAGACUAGAUUCUGAGGUUACAAUAUUAAUGCAGCUCAACUUAACAAUAAAUUCCUCAAAAAAUAUCACAGUCUUAAAUUUCAAACGAAGGAAAAUGUGCUACAAAAAAUUUGAACAAGAAGUAAAAACUCCAACAUCUGACAAAAACAGCAGCAAAGCUAUUUUUGAUCCUGUAAAUGCCGCUCCCACCACUUCUACCCGUGUGUUUUAUAUCAGUGUAGGGGUUUGCUGUGCUGUUAUAUUCCUGGUGGCAAUAAUAUUAGCUGUCUUGCAUCUUCAUAGUAUGAAAAGAAUAGAGUUGGAUGACAGCAUUAGUGACAGCAGCAGCUCACAAGGUUUAUCUCAGCCCUCUACACAGACGACACAGUACCUGAGAGCUGACACCCCUAACAAUGCCACACCAGUAACCAGCUCCUCAGGUUAUCCUACAUUACGUAUAGAGAAGAAUGAUCUUAAAAGCGUCACCUUGAUGGAGGCAAAAGCUAAAGUGAAGGACAUAGCAAUCUCCAGAGAGAGGAUAACUCUAAAAGAUGUACUCCAAGAAGGCACCUUUGGACGCAUUUUCCAUGGAAUUUUAAUAGAGGAAAAAGACCCCAGUAAAGAGAAACAAGUUUUUGUCAAAACAGUCAAAGAUCAAGCCUCAGAAGUGCAAGUGACAAUGAUGCUGACAGAAAGCUGUAAACUCCGAGGCCUUCAUCACAGGAACCUGCUCCCUAUCACCCAUGUCAGUAUAGAAGAUGGGGAGAAACCCAUGGUGCUGCUGCCUUUCAUGAACUGGGGGAACCUUAAGCUGUUCCUGCGCCAGUGCAAGUUAGUAGAGGCCAACAAUCCUCAGGCAAUUUCCCAGCAGGAUCUUGUUCAUAUGGCUAUUCAGAUUGCCUGUGGAAUGAGUUAUUUAGCAAGAAGGGAGGUCAUUCACAAAGACCUGGCUGCUAGAAACUGUGUCAUUGAUGAUGCACUUCAGGUCAAGAUUACAGACAAUGCGCUAUCCCGAGACCUAUUCCCCAUGGACUAUCAUUGUCUGGGAGAUAAUGAAAACAGGCCAGUGCGGUGGAUGGCUCUUGAAAGCUUGGUUAACAAUGAAUUUUCCAGUGCUAGUGAUGUGUGGGCAUUUGGAGUAACACUGUGGGAGCUGAUGACUUUGGGGCAGACUCCAUAUGUGGAUAUUGACCCUUUUGAGAUGGCUGCAUAUCUAAAGGAUGGAUACAGAAUAGCUCAGCCAAUCAACUGCCCUGAUGAACUGUUUGCUGUGAUGGCCUGUUGUUGGGCCCUAGAUCCUGAGGAAAGACCCAAAUUCCAGCAGCUAGUGCAAUGUCUAACGGAAUUCCAUGCAGCUCUGGGAGCCUAUGUCUGAAGCUUCAGGCAUGGAUUCCAUAUGCUACUUGGGAAGGGACAGUGCAUACACGUCCAGCGCCAUGCAUCACUUGGGCCUACUCACGCACUACGUGUAUAAAGCAACGCCAACGGGAGAAAGCACUUCUUCCAAAACACUGUGCCUUAGAAUGCUUUUGUAGCCUGACUUUUUUGUAAGACCUCUUGAUGUUGAGAAUUUUCUAGAUAUCACUUUUGCUAAGUUAAAUUGAGACAGUUUUAUUUGCCACCAGGUUUUCUAAAAUAUUAGUGAUAGUGAACUUGAACACAAGAGUUGGACGGACUUUUGCACUGUUACAACAGACACAGAGUUGUUUUUUUAAAGGUUAUUUUAGAGCUGGUAGGAAAAGUGGGAAAUUAUGCAAACAACAUUGCAGAGACUUUUCCCAUUUAGAAACUGAAAUUUUCUGACCAGCUCUAGUGCUUGAUUUUGUAUUUAUCUGGAAUAGCUUUUUAGUAUCAACUGCUUUUCUUUUGAGACGAUGGCACAAAAACAUUGGGUCCAUAAGUGGCAUCUUAUUUUUUAACCCAUUCUUCAUCAACGGUUCUUGGAAAAGCUGGUCUUCAAGAUGCAAUAUCAUCUUUCUAAGACAAUAAGCAAUGUAAAAGAGAUUCCAGUUUACCUCAUACAGAGUGGUAAGGAUCGGACUGAAUGGAGCCUGUUCUUGCAAAUGAAAGGCUGACAUGAUUUAAGAUAGUUCCAAAUGCUAAGUAGAGGCCUUCAGAGAAGCACCAAAAUAGCCCUUAUUUGGGUGCCUUUCACCUCAGAUUUCUAGAUUGCAGUUUCUCUUGCUGAAAAGGUACUGGUUGUUUUUAGGGUUUUUAUGGCCUGAAAUGGGCUUAAAUACAUAAAUAUAUAUUUGUAAAGACACACACUUGCAGAGUAAAGAAUGUUUUUCUAUUAUAA